UUUUCCUCUUUUCCUCUAUAAAAGUCUCGUUCAUGCACCCCCCAACUAUAAUCCCAUCUUUGCGACUUCAGAAAACAAAAUCUUCAAAUAUUCUCUUCAAUAUAAGUCUCCUAAGGAGUUUCUCAGAAACAGUGAGCAAAAAAAGAGUUCUCCCGAACAAGUUAAACCCAUCACAGAAAACAAAGCAAAUUUUUACAAAUACUAAAACUUCUCCAGAAAAUAAAAAGAGAGAGAGAAGAAGAAUCAGAUCUGAGAGAAAGAAAAAAACACAAUGUGUCUGGUGUGUUUAUGUGAUGAGGAAGAGAUAGAGUUAGGGAGGCAACAAGCACCUGGAUCGUGUCCGUAUUGUGGAGGUAAGGUGCAAAUGCUUGAUGUCGAAAGAAAAUGGAUGUUCUGUUUCGUUCCUCUUUGUUUCAAGAUCAAGAGAAAGUACUUGUGUUCUUCUUGCGAUCGUCGUCUCGUUUUGUAUCAUUAAAAUUAAAUUAAUUAAUAUUAUUUUAUUUAAUUUCCCUUUCUUGAUAAUUAAAGUAAAUUAAUUAGCGUUGUAAUUAAGAAAAAUAAUUUUAGUCGGUGGUUCCUUGGUACGGUUAGUAAUAUAUCUAUGUCGUGUAAACCGACAUUGAUCCUUUAGAAGUUCAGUAGAACUCUCUUGAUCCAAACUUGAUGUACUUUUCUUUUGGCUUCGAGUGUCUUCUUAAGUCGGUCCAAGUUUCAUAUCUAAUGGGAUAUUAUAUGUAAUAAAGUUUCUAAGUGUAAUGAUGAAAUCUCAAGUUUGGUGUAAUUGUUUGUCGCAGUUUCUUCUUUUACAUCAUUACGUAUUCGAACCAGUAAUGUUUAUAUGUACUCUCUACGAUCAAUCUUGCAACUAAUUUUUGGUUAUCUGUCGUCUAAUUUGAUAUACUCCUACAUGAAAGCAGAUAAUAAUAAUUUUGCAUGCAAGUACGGGUGUCAAUCGGCAUGAUCUUCAGUUCUAUAGCGAUUCUGGACCGGUCCAGUUGGAUUUUGUCGCGUGGAAAACAUAACAAAUAUGACGACAUGGAGAACUAUCGGCUUAAUUCGGGGGUUUAUUAGAUAUACUAUUAGAUAUUGGAACCCCGAGUUGGUGUUGAAUGGUGGCUAUAUUAAUUACGUAGACGACAUUAUAUUCACACAUUCAAAUGAUGAUUAAUGCACAUUAAUAGCAUCAACACACUUUUGAUA